AUCCAUAUAAAUUUGGUAGCCACAUAAUCCUUCUCGCUUUUCAGGGGAACUCCCCAACCAAGCCUUCUCUGCAUUCUUUCUAAAUCCACCAAACCAAGUAAAAGUUACAGAACCCUUUGAUCCAUACUUCUUCUUUCUCUUGUGCCCCCUCUUCUAUUACAUCGUUAACACAAAAGAAAGGGGAAUCGAAGCUGGAAUCAGAGAUAAACAAUCUUUUAAUCACCUCUGAAACUCAAAUCUUGAUCCAUUCUUCAUAGUCUCCUUUCAGCAAUGCCGUCGACUCACGUUCCAAUAACGUUUUAUUUGCGUUUCGUUAUAUAUGUUUUAAGUCAUCGAAGGUAGAGGAACAAUGAGAACAGAGUCAAAGAAGAUAUCUAAGUCUUCGUGGCCAAAAUUAGCCGUGAGAAAGUGGCUCAAUAUAAAGAGUAGUGCUGAGCGGUUUCACUCAGACUAUGAUGCAACAACAGCAGCAAUUGCGAAGGAAAGGAGAAGGAGUUGUUCCGACCGAGAUCGUUACGUCGUCGUACCGGAUGAUUUAUCAGAGGGGUGGGUGAUGGAUUCUACAAGCGGAAUGAAGAAGAAAUCAGCUCCUGGUCCUGGCACUGGGGGUCCAGACCUCAGGAUGUUCGUGGGGACGUGGAAUGUCGGAGGGAAGUCACCGAACGAAGGCUUCAAUUUGAGGAAUUGGCUUACGUGUCCUUCCCCAGCUGACAUCUAUAUUAUAGGGUUCCAAGAAAUUGUACCGCUAAAUGCGGGGAACGUGCUGGGGCCGGAGGACAGUGGGCCAGCAGCGAAGUGGCUGGGGCUUAUUCGUGAAGCCUUGAACAGCAACGAGGAGUUGGAUAAUACUGGACAAAACUCUCCCAAGAGUUCACCACGCUAUUGCUUAGCAGCAAGCAAGCAAAUGGUUGGCAUCUUCUUGUCCGUGUGGGUACGAGCUGAUCUUUGCAACCAUGUCACCAAUUUGAAAGUAUCUUGCGUUGGCAGAGGCAUCAUGGGCUAUCUUGGAAAUAAGGGAUCAACAUCAAUUAGCAUGACAUUGUACAACACCACAUUCUGCUUCGUUUGCACCCACUUGACUUCUGGGGAGAAAUUUGGUGACGAGUUGCGAAGGAACUUGGACGUCUCCGAAAUCUUGAAGAAAACUAAGUUUUAUCACUCGUUUAAGUCUCUUGCUCAUCCACUCCCUCCUGAAAGCAUACUAGAACACGAUAAUAUUAUUUGGCUUGGCGAUUUGAAUUAUCGGCUAGCUUCUGGCUACGAUGACACACAUGAACUACUAAAGAAGAAUAAUUGGCAGGCAUUACUAGAAAAGGAUCAGUUAAGGAUAGAGCAGAAAGCUGGUCGAGUAUUCAAAGGUUGGAAUGAAGGGAACAUAUACUUUGCUCCCACUUACAAAUACUUGACCAAUUCUGACCACUAUGUUGCCCAAUCCUCCAAAUCCAAGAUAAAACGACGGACUCCUGCUUGGUGCGAUCGAAUAUUGUGGAAAGGGGAAGGCCUCAAUCAAAUGUGUUAUGUACGUGGAGAGUCCAAAUUCUCAGACCACAGGCCAGUGUAUUCACUAUUCUCGGUUCAAGUGGACAUGAAAAGCAAGAAUAUAGCUCCCUCUACUGCCACUAUGCCUAGGUGUUGUCCCUUAAAACCGUUGACAAAUUCUUCGUUGUCAUCGACUUGUUGCACUGCUAAAGUCCAAGCAGAAGAGCAACUCUUGCUGCUAACAAGAGCACAAAGUUGCAUAGACACCGUUCCAAGGUUUUGAGUCCAUAAGACACACACUAGGCAGAGGUAGUUUCCAAGUUGAUGCCACCUUCAAGUAACCGCAGCUUGCGGGUAUAGUGUGGGAUUGAAUGGCUAACCAUGAUGGUGCACUUAGGUAUCCAUCUCUUUUGGGUACUCAUACUCAUGUACCAUAACAACCCCUGAUGGUUUUUUUUUGGGACUUGGUAAGAUUUUUGUUAGAGUUUAGUCCUGAAGUCUCACCUUCUUAAACUCCUCAACUCCUCUAGUGAAUACAGUCAAUAUACGGUGAGUCGUGCAAAAUUUUGAAGGAGGGAAAAAUGCUGAUUGAUAAUAUUUGUAAAAUUUAAAAUGUAAUAAUUUCAAUGGUUAAUAUUAUUAAUAUAGAUAUUUUUUUAAUACAACGUCCAACUUAUAUUAUUCA